AUGGAUGUUGUAACGAGAAGCCUAGAGGCUCUUAUGCAAAGGGUAACGAACCCGCAGAACCAGAAGCCAGACAUAGCAGCGACCGAAGCGUUUUGCGUGAUGCUUACCAAAGAAACGGAAGGUAUCCAAAUUGGUACUAAAUUAUUAGCAUUGCACAUUCAGUCCUCUAAUGAAACCGAAGCACUUCAAGCUCUUACCUUACUGGACACGUGUAUGAGAAGAUGCGGGCCGUCUUUUCGCGCAGAAGUUGGCAAAUUUCGGUUCUUGAAUGAAAUCAUUCGAAUAGUUUCACCGAAAUAUCUUGGUGGCAAAACACCGGUUACUGUACGUCAAAAAGUAUUACAGUUGCUUCGUACGUGGAUAAAGGAAUAUCCGAAAGAAGUAAAGAUUAAAGAAGCCUAUGAAAUGUUGAAAAAGCAAGGUGUCAUAGAAGACGAUCCUUUGCCCAUGAAUAAUAUACAAGAGGAGAGUGUAAAGACGCCAAAGGCGAAGAGCACGAUAUUCGAUGACGAGGAAAAAUCGAAAUUGUUACAAAAGUUACUUCAGAGUAAAAAUCCUGAUGAUUUACAAGCCGCGAACAGAUUAAUUAAAACUAUGGUCAGAGAGGAUGAGAGAAGAGUGCAGUUGAACUCGCGUAGAAUAAUGGAGCUGGAGUCUGUUCACAAUAAUGCGAAGUUGUUAUCGGAAAUGUUAGACUCGUACAAUUGCAAUGAAACUAGUAAAGAAGAUGUCGAACUAAUGAAGGAACUGCAUCAAGCUUGCGAACGAUUAAAGCCAAUUGUAUUGAGGCUAGCGAACGAGACGCAAGAUAACGAGGAAAUGCUUGGUGAUGUACUCGUCGCGAGCGAUGAACUGGAACAAGUGUUCGAAAAAUACGAUGCUGUAAUAGUUCGUGGCGAACCUGUCAAGUCUAAGACAAGUUCCAAUGUUGGUCCUUACUUGUUAGACUUGUCCUCGCCGUUGGAAGACGUCCCUCUUGAAAAUAUCGGCAUCGAUACAAGUUCCACAGCGUCGACGAAUCAUCAAACGGACUUGGAAGUUUUAGGGGAUAUCUUCAAUUCUUUAGGGAAACCCGAAAAUUUAGAUACUCCCUCGAUUACUAAUUCGAACCUUUUAAUGAUAGACUCGAUCAUGCAACCGCUCAAUGCAUUACCUAAAAGUAAAAAAGAGGAACCGGUGAACGCGAUCGAAAAGAAAAUUGACAGUAAAGCAAGAGCAUUGGAGGAACUGAACGAGUUGAGCGAAUCUUUGCUUAAACAAAGCUUAUCGGGCACAGUGCCGAAUUCCCGUGUGAAACCAGGCAAUCACAGUGGCAGUUCUCUACAAUUUUCCGAAUUGUCAGAACCAGUAAAUACGAGAACUGUCAAUACAAGUAAUAAUUCCGAAUCAAUCGGUAGUCUUCCAUCUCAAGAUAGUGCGAACGAUCAAACCGUUAUCCAAUGUAAUACAAAUAAUAAGAGAGAUGCGAACUCGCGAUUGAACACUGCGCUGUCGACAGAGAACUCGGUUACUCCAGAACCUGAAAUUAAACCUUUAACGGAUAUUAACAUCAGCCUUCAAGACAUUAAACCAGGUAUCAAUCCACCUAUGACGGUAAUCGAAGAGAAGAACGGUAUAUCUGUUGUACUUCAUUUCGCUCGAGAUAAUCCGAGAGAAGAUGUGUUCGUCGUCGUAAUUACAACGAUGAGCAAAAACUCGAAACCACUUAGUAAUUACUUGUUCCAAGCAGUGGUGCCGAAAAAGUGUAAGUGUAGACUUCAGCCACCGUCUGGAACGUCGUUGCCCGGUCACAAUCCAUUCCUCCCGCCGUCAGCAAUUACUCAAAUUAUGUUAAUUGCGAAUCCUACUAAGGAAACGGUAUCGUUAAAGUUUAUGUUAAGUUACACGAUGGACGAAGAGACUUUCACAGAGAUGGGCGAAGUAGAGCAGUUGCCUCUGAUCUAAGGUACUUAAAGUGACGCCUCCACGAAGCACAGAUCUCAAUGAUUAAAAAGUGAGAAUAUAUUGUUUAUUACCAAGAUUGGCAGAAUCUUGACGAUUGUUUUCUUUUUAUUUUAACUUAUCAUGUUCUACGGGUAAUGUUAUGUUCAUCAAUGUAUUCGUAAAUGAAAUUAAUAUUGUGUAGAUAUUUAUAAAUUUACGAGGGUCUACUCGUGAAUAUGCUUGAAAAAAUGUGCAAAUCUAUUUUAAGACUGGAACUUGAAGUUGAUACAGUGCAAGACGACACAUUGUAAGAUUGUAUGCGCUAUAUGAGUAAAAUAAAAAUAAUAUGAAAACAGAAA